CCAUUUAACAAGGUGCAGACUCACCCUCCAAGAGGCCACGCUGUACUGGGAUGCUGCCCAGAAAAGCGUGAUCCUGAAGGAGGGGGUGAUGGCGAAAGACGGGGGAGCCUAUGGUUUCUUCAACGACACUCUGCUGCUUUCUGGAUGGGGGGUCCUGGAAAUCAAAGCAGGUUUUGGAGGAACUGCACAGGAUGAUGAAAUUACCUUUUUUCUGGCCGGUUACCUGGAGGGUUACCUCACUGCUGGGCAGAUGUUCAGUCAUUACAGCAACAUGUACCCUGAGCUGGUAAAGGAUGAGCAGGUUUUAAUCCCCCUGAAACGCUUUCUGAGCCUCCAGGACUCAUGGGCCAGAGAGCAGGUGACGCUGAGGAGAAACAGCGACCCCCUGUGGAGCCACCUGGGACUGAUCCUGGCCCAGCUGGACGGGCUGCACGCUGGAGCAGCAGAAUGGGCCAAAAGCAAACACAGGGAGCCUCUGCCACUCUUUGCUCUCCAGCUCCUGAAUGGUGUGGGCGACCUCCUGGACCUGGUCCCAGCUCUGACACCUCGCUCCAACUCCUCUGCAGGCACGGCCACUUUCCGGAGGCCCGUAAUGGGCCUCUGCACAGCUCUCAUAAAGGUGCUGCCAGGCUAUGAAAACCUGCUGCUGGGCCACUCCAGCUGGUACACCUACGCUGCCACCAUGCGGAUCUACAAACACUGGGACUUCAGAGUGUCUGACGGCCAUGUCGCCGCUGGACGCAUGUCGUUCAGCAGCUACCCCGGUUUCCUCACGUCUCUGGACGACUUCUACCUGCUGGGGAGCGGCCUGCUGAUGACCCAGACCUCCAUCGCCGUCUUCAACGGCGCCCUGUUCUCCCGGCUCUCCCCGCGCUGCCUGCUGGCGUGGCAGAGAGUGCGCCUGGCCAACGGCCUGGCACGCGGGGGAGAGGAGUGGGCGCAGGUUUUCUCCAGAUAUAACUCAGGUACCUACAACAGCCAGUACAUGGUGGUGGACCUGAGCAAGGUUUCCCUGCGACACAGCAUCAGGAGCGGCGCUCUGACAGUCGUGGAGCAGAUCCCGGGGAAAGUGGUCCACUCGGAUCAGACUCAAGCCUUACGAAGCGGCUACUGGCCGUCCUACAACAUCCCCUUUCAUGCUGACGUCUACAACCUCAGCGGCUACGGCGCCAUGUGGAGGAGAUACGGAGAAGACUUCUCCUACGAUCUCUGUCCUCGAGCCAAAAUCCUGCGCAGGGACCAAGCCAAGGUGUCCGACCUGAGCUUCCUCAAGCACCUGAUGAGAUACAACAAUUACAGGAGAGAUCCGUACGCCAAGGGCCAUCCAUGUAAAACCAUCUGCUGCCGUAACGACCUGAGAACACGGCGGCCACGCCCCGGAGGAUGUUACGACACCAAGGUGACGGACUACCAGAUGGCCCUGCAGCUUUCUGCUGAGGCCAUAAACGGCCCCACCACGCAGGGCGGCCUGCGCCCGUUCUCCUGGCGUUCCUUCAACCUCACGGCUCAUCAGGGUCUGCCACGCUCCUACGAGUUCCCCUUCGUCACCAUGAAGCCCGCCCUGCGCCGGCCCUGACAGCCAGCUGCUACCAGAUAAUCA